CUCCGUUGUUCGGUAAUAGUAAUACAAACUAUUGUACCGUGUGGUAACUGCGACAAACUGUGUGACCCGAUGAGUACAGUGUAGUGCGGAUAAUCAAGUGCCGUAAGUUUGAAAUAAGUGGAUGAUAAGCUAUAAUUAGUGGGAUUUUUUUGUGUGCCCCGUCCCUCAACGGGCGGGUUACAAGAUUCAGGUUGCACUUAUAAUGGAGAGUAACCGUGAAGACGCAUUGCAAGCAAUCCGAGUUGCUAAGAAAGCUUUGCAAGACGGUGAUCAGGAAAAAGCUAAACGUUUGCUCCAAAAAUCAAUCAGAUUAUGUCCCACCGACUGCGCAAAAGAACUCCUGGCCUCGCUUGUGAAAGACAAUGAUCAAGAAAAUCAACCUAAUGACGGCGAUGCUGGUUCACCACGGAGCAAACACCGAAACGGGGCUGGCGAAGGGACACAAAAAACUGAUGGGGCUAAAAACAGUGCGUCUAGAGGAGCUUCUCCUGCCAGAGCUGAGUACACACCCGAACAAGCGGAGGCUGUAAAACGAAUUACCAAGUGUAAGAAUUAUUAUGAAGUAUUAGAGGUUGAAAAAGAAAGCUUCGCCGAAAGUGAGCUGAAGAAGAAAUAUCGGAAGCUUGCCCUUCUUGUACACCCCGAUAAGAAUUGUGCCCCUGGUGCCGCCGAAGCGUUCAAGAAGGUUGGCAACGCUUAUGGAGUUCUAUCGGAUAAUAGAAAAAAGGCGGAGUAUGAUGCGAAUUUGAAUCGUCCCAUCGACUCGAAUCGCGGAGGAAACUACGGAGACUAUAAUACUACUCACUUCGAGACGAGCGCUGAUAUUACUCCUGAAGAAUUGUUCAACGUCUUUUUUGGUAACGCUUUCGGUGGAGGAUCCUUUGCGUUCGAAGGUGUCAACCGGAGAAGGCGUCAAGCCUAUCAUCACAGACAAAACUUCCACCACCACCAUCAGCAACAACAAGGAUCAGAAACAGGACAAACCUCACUUAUCCUACAGACGCUUCCAAUUCUCGUUCUUCUCGGGAUGUCUCUGUUGUCAUCUUUUCUUGCUCAAGACCCUCCCUACUCUCUUAUACAAAGCAGCAAAUAUCCGCACGAGCGGGUAACGAUGAAGUUUAAGGUUCCGUAUUUCGUCCAAGAUGGUUUCAGUCGUGACUUCAAUCGCAACUCUAUAUUGAGGUUGGAGGAGCAAAUUGAAGCUGAAUUCAUCAUAAACCUUCGGCAUAGUUGUUUUAGAGAACGUCAAAAUCGAGACGCUAUGUUAUGGAGAGCUCGGCACACCGGCAACAGUAUUUGGGCUACGCGAGCUAAAGAAGUGGGCGUUCCCAGCUGUGACCGUCUUGCCGAUUUGCACGUACGAGCAUAGGGAAUACGUUUCCGCCCCAGUACAAUACAACAGCGGUAACAACAACAAAAUAGUUAGCCAUUGCAGAAGUAACAGCAGCACCAUUUCCAAAUGUAAUAAUAUUCAUUCAAACCGGAAACAGUUCUGUAUCUAGUCGGAAGAAAAUAUUGCAUUAUUUUUAAUUAAAAAUGUCUAAUGUCAUAUAGACUAAGAUACUUCAACUGACUAACAAACUAAUAUAGAUUUUAAUAACGAUUUAUAGUUUAUUGAAAUAAUAUUUUUAGCUCCGGUUGGAAUAUGGCGGUCUGAGUAUUCGGCUUCGAGGUGUGUCCUAAAUUCACUCGCCAGAAAACCAUCAAGCAAUUUUUGGUUUUGUUGCUCUUCGAUUGACCACAAUCGGAUAUAUAUUAAAAAGUAUAGCCGUCAUGUGAAAAAAUAAUGAUACUGAGGUUAAUAUACGGUUAUCAUUCGUAACUGAUCGGUGAGAUCAUAAAAGAGGUGCUAACGUUAUGUAGCAGUGUUUUUAUCGAACACGCAGAUUUUGUACAGGGCUCCAAACAACAGAGAAAUGUAAACUUGAGUUGUGAGGUACGGUGUCCUCUUUCAGUGUACCCACCUCUGUUAUGAAUAUACCAAUUACUAUGUACUACACUCGUUUUGUUAUUCUAAUUUAAUUCUGAGUAAGAUAAGAUUUUUCCUUGAAUGCAUCGAAAUAUAUGAUGAGAAGAGACACUUGCAUAGGCCGAAAUUGUCAUAACGCUGAACAAGAGCUUCAGCGAGGCCACCUACCUGAAAUGUUAUCACAUGGCUUUAUCAUAACGACUUUAUAACAGACUAAAUUUGCCUUAAACACAGGACUUCAACAAUAAAGUUAAUAAUAACGGUAAGUUUAUUCGCAAACUCACCGAUACACUCAUACAAAUGUUUCAUUAGUACUAUAAAUGAAUACUCGAAUUAAAAAUCAACGAACUUUUCUAAGAACAAAAAAAUGUCGUAGAAUACUUUAUUUACUACCGAACGCUUGACUUAAAGUAUAGUGCGGAUAAAUUAUGGUUGAAUGAUGAGUUUUUAGAAGAAAAAAAAGCACACAUUACAAACACAGUAAACUGGGAUUGACCGCAAUCGAGCGGAUUGCAUGAACUUACAAUAUAUUAAGGAAAAACUCUUGACAUGCUACGCUAGGCAAUGUGUACAUAGAAGAGUGGGAAAAAGUAGGCACACAUGUUGAAAAGUAGGUGAUAAGCACAUGAUAAGGGCGUGAGAAAGCGACGCAUAUUGUUUGUUGUGAUAUACAAAAUAUAACUAUAAAAACUACGGGGUAAUUUUUCUAUAUAGAUUCCAGAGAGAGUCCGGAUUCCUUUUUGAUAGACUAUGAUCACAUACUUUGUAACACUUAACUGUGUAGAGUUAAGGCUUUGUUCAAGAACGUAUUGGUCACACAGAUAAGCUGUUCUGAAUGUCUCCUCUCUAAAAAUCGAGACCGAGAAGAGACCAUAUUUAACAGUCCUAACCAAUGUAAAUGUGAUUAAAAAUUAAUACAAAGUACAAUAGGGAAAUGCCGAUCGAUAAUAUUGGGAAUAACAAUAUGUUUUAUUACAUAAAUAACCUAUAAUAGUAGAAUAAUUAGUACAUUAAAAUAAGUCGAUAAGUUACACCAAAAAAUGAUAUGUAAAAAAAAUAUUGACAGGAAAUGUAUAAAAUAGUUGAAAAACAAUUACAACAACAGGUAUAUGUAAUAUCACAGUCGUUCGACGAGACAAAGAGAUAACAGAGCCUUUGAAUGUCGGGUCGAAUUUAUCAUUAGUGUGUGAUCAACACAAAACCUAUAUUCGACAUCCUAGGUAUUUUAAAUACAAAAAAAAAUAGGCAAAGGGUUGCGAAAGAAGCAUUUUAUUGCAUGACUUUAUUUAACAUAGCGUUCAUUUUAGUAUAUGUUCAUAUGAUUUUUUUAAUAUUUUAUCUCAAUAUUCUUAUCUUGUCCCUGUAUUAUUUUUCUAUUGCAUUUUCCAUUGAACUUAGACAAAUUCUCUCCUAACAUAAGUCCUGUCUUUCUUCGCUUUGCCCAUAUACUUUAUCCGUGCUUAAGUAGCUCGUAUAUGUAAUGCAAAGUUAAUUAAUAGGGUUAUGUGGUAUAUAAGUUUGUUUCCUGGUGGUCUAGCUACACCACUUUUAUCAGUGCCUGCAUUAGGGGAUAAACAUUUCACAAUACAUAUUGUCUUUUCACUACAUUUUCAGCUAUCGAUGGCUAGCAAGUUUUAGGUAAAAAAAAAACACUACAUAUUAAUUUUUUCUGUUGUUUAUUGUGACACGUAUGAAUUGCGAUAUGUAUAAGGUAGGAUAUGCUUUUAAUUUAAAAUAAAGAAUGACAAUUAGGGUAACAAAUCUGACCAUUUAGCGGCCCGGACUUCCCUUAAUCUAGAAACUACUUUCACGGCCAAUGAAAGCUCUUUAAUGAUAAUAGUUCUGUUUUAUGAAUUUUACACUGUACGAAUUCGUGUUAAAUGUGUGAUAAAUAUAUGCAAAACCUGAUGUCCCUCUAGUUAUUGAAAAAAGCGUA